GGGAAAAGAGAACAAAUAUCAAAACCCUCCUCUCUUACAAAAUUAAAAACUACGAUAAAAAUGCAGUCUAAUUUCCCGCGGUUCGAAUCCCGACACAGUGAGACUCAAAACCCCGGGCUUACGUCCACUUGGGUUUGAAUCUCAUUCCUUUCUCUCAACUCUAAAUGUUGAGGGUUCCCAUCCUGCACUCCAUUACAACCAUUCGCACGCCGUUUACUUGCAGACUCGUUUCAGCCUUAAAUCCCACUGUCUUAUCAGCGCUUUCUUACAGCAGAGGCCGUGCUUUAAUGAGCGCCAAACCAAUGGCCGGAAAGAGCGUGGCUGACGUUCUCAUGGGAGCCGCCAGGGCGGCCGCGGAGAAAAAGGGCCGCCCGCCAUUGAAGCACCAGGCUAAAGCAGAAGAGGUAAAGAAGGCCGUUAUUGCCGAAGAAGCUUCGCAGAAUAAAAAUGUUGCACCCCCUUCUGUGGAUGAUAAAAUUGCGCUGCUUACAAAGAAGGCGGCGGACUUCGACCCGAGGGCGGCUGCAUUCUGGAAAGACGGCGAUAAUGUACCAUUUUUGUUUCUUGCCCGUGCACUGGAUUUGAUUUCCAACGAGUCCGGCAGAAUCGCCAUUACGGAAAUUUUGUGCAAUGCGUUUCGAACCGUGAUGGCCACAACGCCCGGGGAUUUGUUGCCCGUGGUUUAUUUAUCGGCGAAUAAGGUGGCACCUGCUCACGAAGGGGUGGAGCUUGGAAUUGGUGAUGCCGCCAUUAUUAGAGCGCUUGCCGAGGCCUUUGGGAGAAAGGAAGACCAAGUCAAGAGCCAGAUGAAGGCUUUAGGAGACUUGGGCCUUGUUGCAAAGGCAAGCCGUUCAACUCAGAGAUUGAUGGUCAAGCCAACUCCUCUAACUUGUGUUAAAGUUCUUGAAUCCUUUCGUAUCAUAGCUAAGGAAUCUGGGAAAGAAAGUCAAGACAAGAAGCGAGCCCGCAUUAAAGCUCUUCUCGUAGCUGCUACAGAUUGUGAACCACAGUACUUAGUUCGUCUUCUCCAGACAAAAAUGCGGAUAGGUCUGGCAGAACAAACAGUCUUAGUUGCAUUAGGGCAUGCAGCUGUGUAUUCUGAGCAGCCACCAGUAUCACAGUCACAACUGGAAGAGGCUGGAAAGAUAUUAAAGCAUACAUACUCAGUGCUUCCAAUUUAUGAUAAAAUUGUUCCUGCUUUACUUGAGAUGGGUGUGUGUAAGCUACCAGAAGUUUGUAAAUUUACUCUGGGAGUGCCUGUCGGACCCAUGUUGGCCAAACCAACGAAAGGUGUUUCAGAAGUUUUAGAUAAGUUUCAAGAUAUGAAGUUUACUUGUGAGUAUAAAUAUGAUGGGGAACGUGCACAGAUUCAUUAUAUGGAAGAUGGAUCCGUUGAGAUUUAUAGCCGAAAUGCAGAGCGCAAUACUGGGAAGUUUCCUGAUGUUGUCAAUUUUAUUGCAGCAUGCAAGAAACCAUCUGUGACAUCAUUUGUAUUGGAUUGUGAGGUUGUUGCAUUUGAUCGGGAGAAGCACAAAAUUUUACCUUUUCAGGUUCUUAGCACUCGUGCCCGAAAAGGUGUCAUAAUUAGUGAUAUCAAAGUGCAAGUAUGCAUUUUUGCUUUUGACAUGUUGAGUCUAAAUGGCCAGCCAUUAUUACAAGAGCAACUAAAAAAGCGAAGAGAGUGUCUGUAUAAUUCUUUUGAAGAAGAAGCAGGGAAGUUCUUAUUUGCAACAGCAAAGGAAUCUAAUGAUUUGGAAGAGAUCCAGACAUUUCUUGACGAAGCUGUGAAUAAUAGCUGUGAAGGCCUGAUUAUCAAAACAUUGGAGCAAGAUGCCACAUAUGAACCUGCCAAGCGUUCCCACAACUGGUUGAAGUUGAAGAAAGACUACAUGGACAGUAUUGGAGAUUCUUUGGAUCUUGUACCAAUAGGGGCGUUUCAUGGACGUGGAAAACGUACUGGAGUUUAUGGGGCAUUUCUUCUUGCAUGCUAUGAUGAAGAGAAUGAAGAGUACCAAAGUAUAUGUAAAAUAGGAACGGGGUUUAGUGAGGCUAUGCUUGAAGAACGAUCUGCUAGUUUGCGCACUAAAGUUAUUCCAAAUCCGAAGUCCUAUUAUCGCUAUGGGGAGGCAUUGGGUGUAGAGGUUUGGUUUGAACCUGUAGAGGUAUGGGAGGUGAAAGCUGCAGAUUUAAGCAUUAGCCCAAUACAUCGUGCAGCAAAUGGUGUGGUUGAUCCUAUUAAGGGAAUUUCUCUUCGAUUUCCACGUCUGCUACGGGUUCGUGAGGACAAGAAUCCAGAGCAAGCAACAACAGCAGAGCAAGUUGCAGAGAUGUAUCGUGCACAAAAAAUUAACCAUGCAGGAAAGCAAGGUGAUGAAGAUGAUGAUUGAAAGAAUGUGCAAGCGGUCAUACUUCCAUUGAGUGAAACUCGCUAAAAGUGGUUUGUGCGUCUUCUAAGCUACAACAAGUGUUAUGCAGAGGCACAUAAUUAUUAUUUUUGGGCUGACUGCAUAUUACUUGAUGUCAAUGCAUGUUAUUGAACAUUUCAUUUGCAAGCUCUGUACAAAGGAUGGCAGCUAUGAGAUGCAACUUUCUUUUGUAUGUUUCAACACAUAUUAUGUCUUCCAAACGGCAGUGCACCAACUUUCUGUUUCAUGAGAGUAGAACAUGGACAAAAGUGUCCCUUUUUGCAUGGAAAUGUUGAGCAUACCAUCUGUCUGUCUGGUAUUGUGUAAAUGCUAGUAUAAUGUACUUAAUACAGCACUCAUUUCCAAAGCAAUCAUUUCUUCUGUGACUCGA